AUGGAUGACUCCAAAAAUCACCAAACCAUUCCAUUCAUCCCCGGUGACCAUCGGUUGAUCCGGAACUCAAGCGAAUUCCUCGGGUUUGAUCGCGAGAACUACGUGAAUUCGCGGAAGUUUCUUAUCAAGACGGUGAAAAACGUCCUGCUUUUCGGAGCUGACAAAGUGUUGAUGGCUCGAAAAAGUAAAUCUUUUCGUAACAUAGUGUUUGUCGAUAAUGAUGGCGAUGAUAACAUCGACAAAUUCCUUCACAAUGAGGAGUUUGUUGACGCGUCAAAAGUGGUGUCGAAAGGGUACAAUCAAGCUCCUCUCAAUCUCAUGUCUUUCUUUGCAAUUCUAGUCCUCAGAUCAAUUGGAUUCCAAAUCAAUCUAUUCACUGCCUUUCUCACCCUACCCAUUCGGCUGUCCUACACCACAAUCACGUUUUUCCUAUUCCCAUUCCAAACACUUGAAAAAAUUCGAGCCGAUUUGACAAAAAGGGUCUUAAAAUUGUGGGCUGAUUUUUACUUGUCUAUUGCUUCCUAUAUACUUUCUCGGCUCAAAGCACAGAAAAGGGUGCUGAAUUUGGCUAUAAGGUUGGGCUGGGCCUUUUUCUGUUCCGUCUAUGUCUUUUUCGUGCUUUUCGGAUUGCUUGUGACGGGAUUUUUACUAGGCGGUUUUGCUAUGAGCCGCCUAGUGGAAAAACCAAUGGAGAUGACAGAGGCGAUAAAUUUUGACUACACGAAAGAAAGUCCGGCUGCUUUUGUACCCAUUGUGUCAUAUCCCGGUCCAGCCGUUUCGUCUGGCUUGAUCUCAAGAGAGAGUGUGGAAAGUGUGGAGAGUGUGGAGAGUGCUAAAGUUGUGCGUGCCAUUCCUUACAAUCACAAGCUGCGGCUUACUCUUUCUUUGACAUUGCCUGAAUCAGAGUAUAACAGGAAACUUGGGGUUUUCCAGGUUAGGGUGGAGUUCCUAUCCGCGAGCGGUAGAGCCACCGCGAGUUCAACUCACCCGUGCAUGCUCCGCUUCAAAAGCCACCCCAUCCACCUUCUCGAAACGGCGUUCAAAGCUGCGCCCCUCAUGACCGGUUUCCAAUCCGAAUCCCAGACUCUCGACAUCAAAAUAAGUGAUUUCACGGAAGGGCAUGAGCCAACAGCCUGCUUGAAAGUGGUGCUAGAGCAGAGAGCAGGGUACCAAAGUGGUGCAGGGAUUCCUCAACUCUACACCGCGUCCAUCGCCCUUGAAUCCGAGCUUCCUCAGUUGAAGAAGAUUGUUUGGUGUUGGAGGAGAACUGUUUUUGUUUGGAUCAGUGUCAUGAUGUACUUGACGGAGGUGGUGGUCGUUCUGGUUUUGUUUAGAGCUGUCGUUAUGGCCAGAGGCAAGAGAGAGGCCAAAGGCUGUGGUGGUGCCAAAAGGGAUUCUUCUGCUUCUCAUGGGAACAGAAUCUCGUGGUGA